CCAGUCGCUGCCUAAAGUAAAAUAUGCGCCUGAUUGAUUCUUAACCAGUUCAAAUAUUCACGUUUCAAUCGUUUUCUGGACAAAGCAACACGGAAAUUGUGUGCUUUCAUUCCUGAAUUCUCUGAGCAACUCAAGUCUGCAUACGAAAUGGUCCUUGCCUUCCUCAAAGCCCUUGUACUUCUGGCCCUCGGCAGCGGUUUUGCCUCUGCCGACACGUUCGAUUACGGCGACAGGGACGGCAGCCUAUUCCUCGACCUUUCGAUCUCCGAAGCUCAAAGCAAGCGCCAUGAAUGGGGGCUCGUCGAGCCUUGGACCAGCGACUACAUUUCAGCCCUUGAAGACAGCAGAUACGGUGACGCUAUUUGGGCGCGAUAUCAAAUGUUUGGCGAUACUUCGAAUGGCACUUUCUUGGAGUAUCCCCAAUGGACAGUCCGCGAAGCGAUUGAGGAGGAUGCUAUUGCUUACCGAGUUCGUGAACGAGACGUUUGGAAGCACGCCAUGGCUUUCUACGCCAAUUCAAGCCAGAACACACAAAGUGAUAUACUUGAUCUCAUCUUCGACGUCGACAGCAGGAACUACUUUCGACUACUCAUAGACUGGUAUCGAUUGCAUAAGCGUUUCCAACAAAGCGAACACGUCCUUCCAGAUUGCGACUGUUUGAAGGCUGCCCAGGAUGAAGUUGACUCUGUUCAAGAGCUCAAGUAGUUGGCUUUGAUAUCGCUUUGCUUCGAGAUGCGAAGAAUCAUAACGGGGCAUGCUAGCUCAGGACCUUGAUCCUAAAUCACUUAGGUUACUUAAUCUAACUUCAGGAUAAGUUUAGUGUACCUUUUCCCUAGUUUAUUUUGAACCUUAUCCGAAUGUCUGAUGUCUUGCUCCCUGAGGACAUGGAAAUUCUUCGCUCUUUUACUUUAGCCAAUUAUGGCGGGGACUUUAUCUAUACUCCCAGACCGGUCUGGCAGCUUGGAAAAAGAAGCUAGAUAGUAAAGAAUAUUCCCGGCAUUCAUACAUAUUGCCUUCCAAAGCCUGAAGCUAAUUGGUAUUAUUCAGUGUGUUGACUUGAAAUGUCUAGUUGAGAUAUCAUAAGCGUUAACUAUCAAUCAAUUCCCGGCAUUCAUACGGGCUCCCUGGUUGAGCUCUUGACCCCUUCAUUGUAUCAGUGUCGUUGUUUUGGCGUUUUCCAUGUGUUCCUCAAUCUCACAGGUAGACAUCAGGACUUUCGAAUCUCAGCUACUAUUUGUAACGUGGCCGAAAGAAUAGAAAACAUCAAUUUUCCAGAGCCUGUUCCAGAACCAUGAUAAAUCUGGUGAUACCAGAGCUGAACUUAUCUCAAAAUAUGGUGCUAUCCGACUCCAUACAGCGCA